GUAAGAUAGAAAAGAUCAACAAAAGCUUGUAGUUCUAGGAGGUAGUGUCACACUGAGGUGUAACCUUGUAAAAGUUGAAGGACAGGAUAUUUUUCUAGCAUUUUUAAAAUAUAUUAACGUUCUCAAGGUUCGAUUGUUAUAUAAGAUAUAAGACAUGUCGUUUUUAACUAUGCAUAAACUCAACUUCUGCAGUAAAUUAUUGUUGAUGAUUUUUAAACUGCUUCUGCAAUUUGUGCUCUUCGAGCUAUCGUCAGUUUUAUCCUGUCCAACGAUUUCAUCUCAUAAUUGUAUCUGCGACAAAAUAGAAAAUCCUACCUUGAGAAGCACUUGGAAUUUGGCAUGCUUUUCUAAUAAUCAAACAGGAUUAGAAUUGUCUGUGGUCAUCGAUUUUAUGCCCAAUCAAGAGCUUAAAGUUGAAUGUGUAUCAGAAAAGUUAACGCCUGAUUUAUUCGUCAACAUUACUGGAAUAUCCAAAUUUCAAUUCUUGUACUGUCAACCCGAUUAUUCUAUUUACGAUCUUCUAAAUCAACGUUCUGUUACAAAGUUAAAAUAUCAAUCAUCGAGAAACUUAGAUCAUUAUUUAUUCGACAAUCUGUUGGACUUGAAAAUUUUGGAUAUAAGUAGAAAUCGCCAGAGCAACAUUUCUAAAGAUCUAUUCGUUAAAAUGACAUCUUUACAAAUUUUAAAUAUAGCAAUGAAUGAUUUAGAAAUUUUGGAGGAAGGAAUUUUUGAUAAUUUAAGUAAUUUGAGCCAUUUGUUCCUUUCGUCUAACCAUCUUGCCACUAUAUCUGAAGACGUAUUUUUAGAACUUAAUAAUUUACAAGUACUUUCAUUAUCUAAGAACAAAAUAUCUGAUAUACCCGAAGGAAUAUUCCAUAAUGUAACCAGUUUAAAAGUUUUAGAUUUAUCACGUAAUAAAAUUGAGAAACUGCCGAAAUAUUUGAUAUCCACUCUCUCCAACUUGUUGAGGUUCGAGAUUCGUUACAAUUUAAUACAAGAAAUACCAUUUUACUUUUUUAACAAUAAUCAAAAACUUGAAAUUCUUGAUGUUAGCGGGAAUAAGCUUAAUUUUCUUGCCUCUAAUGUGUUAAGAAGUCUGAAAAAUUUAGAAAUCUUUAGAGCAUCGAAUAAUCAAAUUAAAACGCUGCCUGCUGAUUUAUUUUCUCAUAAUGCUAACUUAAGAGAAAUCAAAUUAAAGAAGAACUUCAUACAUAAACCAAAUAUAUUAUUGUUUAGCAAUAAUUCUCUGUUGAAAACUCUAGAUUUAAGUGAGAAUCAUCUUGGAUAUCUCGAAUCAAAGUUCCUUUACAAGCAAUAUAAUCUAGAGUGGUUAUCUCUUGCAAGUUGUAAUAUGUUACAUAUUGCUGAAGACUUGUUUAGAUUCACUUCAAAGCUGAAAUAUUUAGAUUUAUCCGAUAAUAAACUGGACGAAUUCAGCAUGAAAGCCUUUGAACAUUUACUAAACUUGGAGCACUUGAAGCUCAGGAAAAAUCACAUUCGAUUCUUGAACACGUCUCGCCCAUUUGGGGUAAGUGCAUCUCUGAAAAGUGUCGAUUUAUCGCAGAACUAUUUAACUCAAAUAUCAAACAUCGAGUGGAUUUAUUAUCCAGAUUUAAAAUCUUUAAACGUGCAAUAUAACAAACUUGCAAAGUUCUCUAUCCCUGUUAUGUAUUCGAGUGAUGCGAAAGUGUUUCUGCAAAAUAACAUCAUCAAUACUAUUUCUAUUAAAGAACUGAAAUUUGCAAAAGAAUUAGAGAAAGAAUUAAAGAAAACGAGUGAAACUAAGUUAGUGGUACCCCUCUUUUACUUCUUCCCCAAUCCUUUAACGUGUGACUGUGACAUGUUUGAAUUUUAUAAGAUGCUUAAACAUGGCUUCACCGUAGACGAUAUGCCAGCUGCUCUGUUUCCUGUAGCAUCAAAUUUGCAAUGCUUUAAUCCACCAGAACUUAGAGGAAAGAAAUUAGUUACUUUAAAAGAAGAGGAGUUCAGAUGCCCAGUUGUAACGAACUGUCCACAUACCUGCUAUUGUUACAGACGUGGUGGGGAUGGUAAAGUUAUAGUUAACUGCACUUCUACGCAAAUGACAAAACUUCCAGAAAUGCUUCCCAAAGCAGCGACAAUUAUUCAUUUAGAAAAUAAUCAAAUUAGCAAUUUAGAAUUUAAAAACUCAAUCUGGAUGAACUGUACAGAGUUAUAUUUGGCUAACAAUACUAUUCAAAGUGUAGAUGUUAAAUUUCCUCCAAAAAUUCGUAAACUAUCACUUAACAAUAAUCUAUUGACAUAUUUACCAUUCAGUUUUAUUCACUGGAUAGAAAGGAAUAAGGAUAUUUUAGUGUCAUUAUCUGGAAAUCCUUACAGAUGUAAUUGUAGUAUAGACAUUCGUUUCGAUGUACUCCACAAUUUCAAGAAAAUUAUGGAUCUAGAAUCCAUUUAUUGUACAGAUCCAGAAAAUACUCCAUGCUUUAUGACAAGAAAUAUUUGUUUUAAAGUUCAACUUAUUUUAUUGAAAUGCGAUAAACAUUGA